AUGCAGCAUCCACGUCCACAUGGAGGUCUCGUGGACGGACCCGAGUUGGCCAAGGUCGAGGAUCUCCACCCGGUCAGUGCGGCCCAUGCUCGGAUGCAGGAUCGCACCGUUGGUGACAUCAAGAUUCUGCUCAAAAAGUGGAACCGGCUUGCCCCUAUCCCCUAUCCAUGGAUUCAUACGAGUACGGUACGGCACCUCGAGAUCGGAUAA